AUGGCGGCUCCUGAGGCCCCGAUGCAGGAGAAAGUCUUCCGUACAACAGGGCGGCCUACAGACUCGGAGUCACGCCCCCUCUCGCCCAGCCCCCGGAAGUUUCCUUUUGAAAGCGUGGCGGCAGACUCUGCCGAGGGCUGGGCGGUUACUGCGGAGCAACUUUUGAAAGGGAACGAAGAGGACUGCGGGCUGGAGCGGCUGGCGCCGGGGGCCCAGCCGAGCCACCCUGCUACGAUGGCCAGUGCUAAAACGGUGUGCGACGCGCAGCCCAACUCGAUGGCGAGCGGCGGCCUGCCCGCAGAUGCACAAACUCGAGCUACUUCUAAGCUACCUGUUAAGUCCAAAGAAGCUGAUGUGUUUAAACAUCUUCAUCCAGGAGGGUCAGACCCUGACGUUACAAAAGUCACCAGACCGAGACGAGAGAAUGGGCACGUGAGAGCUGCAGAAACUGCCAGCAGGAAGAACAUCAGGAAGGGCUACAAACCACUGAGUAAGCAAAAGCCAGAGGAGGAACUAAAGGAUAAAAACCAGCUCCUGGAGGCUGUCAACAAGCAGCUACACCAGAAGUUGACAGAGACACAGGGAGAACUGAAGGACCUGACCCAGAAAGUGGAGCUGCUGGAGAAGUUUCAGGAUAACUGCUUAGCAAUCUUGGAGAGCAGAGGCCUCAACCCAGGCAGCGAGACCCUGGCAUCACAGCGGGAACCUACAACAGAUCACACGGACUCCAUGCGGCUGCUGGAAACGUUGCAGAAUGAACUGAAGGUUUUCAAUGAAACUGCCAAGAAGCAGAUGGAGGAGUUACAGGCCCUGAAGGUGAAGUUGAAGUUGAAAGAAGAAGAAAGGACCCAGUUCCUGGAGCAGCAAACCUUAUGUAAGGACCAAGCCAGUGACUUCACAAUAGUCCUGGAGGAGAUGGAGCAGCUUUUAGAAAUGUAAUACAAGGCAAGUGGCUAGAUGGCUUCUUCGUGGGGUAAACUCCAGUCACCUUCAAGGACUCACCAUCCCUUAUAGAGAAGACCUGCUGCAGUUGAGGGCCGUGGAUGUGGAUUGGGGCUCCUCCUUAAGCAGACUGCCCACCUUCAGAUUGCUCAGCUCACCUGAGCCUCACAAACUGCUAAUGGAGGCCUGCAAGGUAGGGACCUGGAAGCUUGGCUCCACCUCGUGCAUGGCCCGACCCUUAGACCAGGAUGCUAAAGCAGCCACCUUGGAGAAUCUAGAGGCUCUGCCUCGGAAUCAUGGGAAGAAAGCCCUCAUAUGACAGCGUAUGUACUCUAUGGGAGAUGUCACUGGGAACCACACUGUCGCCUUUGUCCAUCUGGUUGAGCUGAAUUUACGAACUUGAAAUCCCUGAAGUUUCUGGCUUAAUAAAUGGGGUAAAAGUAUGCAAAGUAACACCUACCUGAAGCAAAUAGCACUUGGAGCUUUUUAAGUACUGCUUUUGAAAU